AUGAACACCCUCCGUCAAGUCGAUGCAAACAGCUACGUGCCAAAUCCUUUUGCACAAGCCAUGACGAAAUCCAUCUUUAGGGAAAGCAUUGUUUUGAUGCACGAUAUCUGCAUCCCGAUUAACCUGAAGACAGCCGAGUUCUUUGCGGAGAAUGGCUAUACAAGCCCAACCAAUGCACUCGACACACCGACGCAACAUACAUUCAAUGCAAAGGGGAAAACGCAUAUCUUAGACAUAUUCGCGCAACAGGGCCAGACCCAUGGACUUGCCAGUAUGAUGGCUACGUGGAUGCUCGACCGGCCGCACUGGUCCGACGACGACUUGGGAUUCUAUCCUGUGAAGGAACGACUAAUACAAGGCGUGACGGGCGACGAUGAUUCCGUCUUUCUGGUGGAUCUCGGAGGUAGUGUAGGGCACGAUCUGGAGAAGUUUCUCGUUCGACACCCGUUCGAUACCUUCCCAGGGUAUCUGGUCCUUCAAGAUCGUGCUGAAGUUAUCGAAUCGAUCCCCGAGAAUAGCUUGAAGGCUGGGAUUCGCGCAAUCGCCCAUGACUUUUUCACCCCACAACCCGUACAAGGGGCGAGAACGUAUUUCUUGCACAGUAUCAUCCAUGACUAUCCCGACGACAGGGCACAGCUGAUUCUGAAGAACAUCGCUCGAGCAAUGAAGAAGGGGCACUCCAAACUUAUCAUAUGGGAUUUCGUGCUUCCCGACAAGGCUGUGGCCUCGACGCUGACAGCUCUCGAUUGGGAAAUGAUGUCCUUUUACGCCGCGAGUGAGAGGUCAGAGGGUCAGUGGAAGACACUGAUUGAAGAUCCCGAGAUUGGGUUGAAAGUCAACGGGAUCUGGAGCUACAGUCAGUUUGACCAGAGCGUGAUUGAAGCAGAACUGGCUUGA